CUGUUCUCAUCAGCCUUUCCGUAGUUGCAGCCCAGGGAAGCCGGCAGCAGCAGAAGCCAAACUCUCCUGACACAUUUGUUUCUGGGGGAAACAUACUUUCACACUCUUUUUGUACAAUUGCUCUCUCUUUUUUUACAAUUACGUUUUUAGCAAUGCGUCUCUACCACAGCACACAGGUGUCACAAAAAACAGGCCUCAGAAACAGAAGAGACAGACAUCACCGCCGGAUGAUCGCACCUCACCAGCUGAUUGGAAAUCACCGACAGGAGGAAGAUGACCUCAUCAAACCACGAAAGCUGAUAAAUCCCAUCCUGGCCUCUCUCCCACACCGAGCCCUUCAUAAGGAGCUGCUGUUCUGUUACACACGAGGUGUGCUGCCUCGGCGAAGGCCGGAGCUGCAACGUGUGCUGGAACACAAAAGGAGGAAGCAGGAGCUGGCUAUCCACCCUCUCUCUGACUUAGAGGUCAAGCUACGCAUCAGACAGCAGAGAAUACGACUCUACGAGUUGGAGGAGAAGAGGAGGUGUGAAAGUCUGAAGAAUGUGCCAGAGUUCGUUCGUGUGAGACAAGCCCUCAAACACAUCCUGAAUCCCAAAUGAACACCAGCAAUAUUAAGACAAAUAAAUACUUGAAAUGUGGCAGUACUGUGUGUCAGUGAGAAAGGAAAAUCCUUAUUGGUUGACAAGCAGACAUUUGAAUAUUGAAAUAAUCAGCAUCCUCAAGUCUUUGAGUGCCGUUUUAGGGGAAAAAGCUGCAGGGUCAGCUCAUCGAAAUGUUUA